AUGCCCUUCGCGUCAAGUUCUAAGCGACAAAUCUCUGUGCCAGCCCAGCCUAAAGCCUGGGUUGAUCCUUCUGCUCUCCCAGACGAUGUGGAUGUAGAUGUCGGCUUGAUUCGGGGAAGCGCCCCAGAUCACGUCAAACAACUGGUCUGCAAUACCUUCUACUCGUACGGGGUGGGGGAGCCAGAUGUCUUUGGCUACGGUCUAGGGCGAGCAACACGAUUCGUCCAAAUUAGCGUUGAUCCAUCGGUGGAACGCGGUGGACGGAUGGAGGCGGUAACUGUAGCAGAGGUCACGAUAACUAAAUCUAUGCUGAACGGUGCUGGUAUGCUCCAUGGAGGGUGUGUCACCUACCUCAUCGACAAUUGCGCCUCAACGCCGCUCGUUGCGCUGGGCCUAAUGUCAGGUACCAACGGGGUUGGUGUGACGCAAGGCAUGAAUGUGCUCUUUCACGCACCUGCGCCAAUUGGCACGACUCUACGAAUAUCAAGUUCGUCCAUUUCGAUGGGUGGCCGGGUCAUGGCAGCCCGUUGUGAGAUCACAGACAAAACUUCGGGACGCGUCGUCGCAUCGGCCUUUCUGAACAAAAUGCAGCCCAAUACCAGGCUGUGA